GCAACGUUACUUACUUCACGCAGGUGUCGACAUUUCACUUUUGGUUUUUGUUUUUUCCUUAGCUUAGUGAAUCAAUAAGCGAAAGUCGGAUGCGGAAAAGUAAAAAAGUUAUCGAAGCAAAAACUAUUUUACCAAGUUACUAACAUUAAAAAAGGUUACCCAAUUCGGUAAAAAUCUACCAAGUGCAACCGGGGUUUGGAACUAUGGACAAAAAGUUUGGGGCCAGUAGUAAGUCCUUUCGCCAAAAGAAGAAAAACCCUCCGAAGCCAAGGAAACGACAGAACGAUAUAUAUAUUACCACAAAAUCUAAUUUCAAAGCUCAACAGAAAUAUUGCAAAGAUCUUUUGGAUUCGGGGUUGAAAGAAGUAUAUUUGCAUUGUUUAGGCAAUGCUAUCAACAGAGGCCUUAACUUAGCACUAAGCUUGGUGCAAAACUCAAAUGAUACCUUAACUUACGCCAUUAAUACAUCCACUAUUCAUCUAAUAGAUGAAUUCCACCCAUUAUGUGAUGACGACGACGUAUCCAUUCAAAAAAGGAAUAACUCUGCAGUUCAUAUAAAAAUAGCCAGAAACAGUACAUACGACAUCGGCUUCGCACUGUAAACAAUCGUGCCGAAUAAACAAUU